AAAAGCAGAAGCCGGCGAAGAAAAUCAAACGCAAAUCAAGAUACCGAUCAAUUUCAACAUGAUCUAUUGGUGGAACCCUAACGGCGCUUUGUCCCUCGCGUUUUAUCAAUGGUUCUUUUUAUCGUGCGUGUAAGUAUGCUAUGAGUAUCUGAACAAACCUCAAUCUCCAAGAGGAGUGCCUCUAAACUAGCACUGUCAAAAAUACAACUAUGUUGCGCAAUAUGGAGAGAAAAAAGUUUGUCACAGUCACUAUCUUGGGGGUUUUGCAUUACAAAUUUUUUAGCAUCAUAGCUUUUCCUUGUAUUGCAGAAACACUAAGGGAAAUCCCGUAUGCUGUUUGGCUGCGAUGCAUCUUUACGCAUGACAGGCAUUUUUUGUAUUGCAAAAAUGCCCAUGAGUGAUCGUGAAGAACUUUUUUCUUUUGAUACGCAACCUUCUCGGCACUUUUCUCGACGACGCAUCGGGCCACCAGCCCGACUGCACCCCAGUAGGAUGCUCUCGCCAUUUGUCAGAGCAGCUUUACCCACCUGCGGGAAAAGUCAUGCUGGGAACAACUACAACGAGAACGAGUGGCAGCAGUUGUCACGGCGGAGCAGGAAAUCUACAUGGAGAAAGUGCGAUGAUAUGGACAGGUGUGGGUGGAACAAGCAGAUGCAGAUCUAGUACUAGCACCUCUUCCUCUUUCACCUCGUUUUUCGCAUCUUCUACUACAACUUCACAGCCGUUCUACGUCCCCCAAAAGAACGGCAGAACUACAGGAAGCCACACCCGAGCUACUUCCACCAGAGCCUCAACCGCCUUCCUCCGGUUUCCGGAAACCUAUCCGUCGGCAAACAUGCCUCCCGAAGCGGCGGCGAGAAAGUGGGCCGUGAUCGCAGCGGACGCGCAGCAACAGGCACAGAAAAUUGCGGCAGAGCAAAGCACGUUGGAGCAGAUGAGCAGCAGCAACAUGGCGAAACUGCAGGUACAUAUGUGUUUUUUCGUCAGGAUGAGAAAGUUGUCAUGCAAAUCUGUGCAUGGUGAUGGUACGAACUUGGGUAGUAGCAUUUUUACGAUACGCAGCCUGCAGCAUGACAAAUUUUCGAGCUGCUAGGUGUUCGUUCUCUACCCCGCAUGGCAAACCCCGUUUUUGCAUGGACACCAGCGGGGUCUUUAUUGCGAUGUGCCUGUGCAUGACAGAGAGUUCUUAGAUUCAGAGUUGCCAUCUUCCAGACCAAGUAUGUAAGUAGAUCGAUAUCAAUGUGCAAUUCAUAUUAACGACAGACGCUGAACCAGACCGCCCAAACCGCGGCGGAGGCGAGUCAACGGGCAGCCGCUGCGAGUGUCGCGAAAGAUUUGGGAAUAUCAAAUGCAAAAAUUUCUGGGUCUGGAAGAAUGCAGGUUUGUCAUGCUUGUCUGGCAUGACUCGAGAAUCUGUGUUGCAUAGGCAGGAAAAAGCCCUCUUACCUGUCAUGCAAAAACGCAGUUCGCCAUGCGGAAUACGUAAGACAUGGCAGCCAAGAAAUUUGUCAUGCGUAGUUGCGUAUUGCAGUGCGUCUAUCGUUCACUUUGAGCAUUACAAGUUUCCAGACCCAGCAGACAUUUUUGCAAUCCAUAGGGAAUGUCGGUGGCGGCAACACCGGUGGCAGCGUGA